AUGUCCACAAAGGCAGUCACUGCAAAUCACGUUGCCCACACCAGGAAGGCGGUGGAACAGCUGCGGAUGGAGGCUGGCAUCGACAGGAUUAAGAUUUCAAAAGCUGCGACAGACCUGAUGAAUUACUGCGAGGAGCACACGACGAAAGACCCACUGCUGACAGGAAUUCCAACCUCUGAGAAUCCUUUCAAAGACAAGAAGCCUUGCACCAUAUUGUAGCCUCAUUGACAGAUAUUUACCACCCAGCAUCUAUCUGACAUCCCCUGAAACCACAACCCAUUCCUUCAUUACCCUAACAUAUGGGCGUCUCAUUCCUCACCAGUCACUUUGGAUGACAUAUUCACCCUCCUUCCGAGUGUGGGAGGCUGCAGAGGGAAAGGAGCUUGUCAGAAGGCUGAGGAGGGUGGCAGUAGCAGCAAACAUAUUCUAGCAACACAGGAAAGACCCCAGGCACAAAUGUUGGAGGUGGCAAUUGUUUUAUAGCUUGCCCAGUGAGAAUUGGGGGUGAAGAGUGGGAAUGACACAG